AUGGAGUCGCGGCGUCACUCGACGGAGCAUGCGCGCGGCGGCCCCCGAAACACAGGGCGGCCCGUCCUGCGCCGCAGCGGCGGCGGGGCUGGCGCGGCGCCGCGGGGACAGCGGCGGCGGCGGCAGCAGCAGCAGCAGCAGCAGCAGAGGCGGCAGCAGCAGCAGAGGCAGCAGCGGCCGCAGCGCGCAGGGGCCCGGCGCCGCUUCCGGGCAAUGGUGGAGCAGAAUGUAAAGCCCUUCUUACCCCAAAGAGUGGGACUACUGGUUGGCUACAGACAAAAGCACUAAGCGUGGUGGUCGGCAUGAGAGGUUACAUUUCAGAUGGUAAUUAACUCAGCGCACUGAUCAUCUCCAGGACCAAAGUCAAGGCAGCAUUGGAGGGAGCCAGGCAGAGAACUGAAAACAAUGGUAGAAGUCUUGCAACAGAGAAGAAAUGAACAUAGUACAAUCCUGGUUUAAAAGUGACUGCAAUAAAAGGUAGCUAAAAUGCAAAAAGUAGGAACUUUGAGCAAAACACAUGCAGAAUACUCUCCCUUCAGUAAAAUCAAGCAUUUUCCUUAGAGCUGUGAAAACGAGUGCCCAGUUGUUCCUGGUUUCUCAAGGCAUCCACCCCAGGGAUCAGCACUGCAUUGACACCUGCAUUGCAUCCAAAGACAGCUGUGCCAUUUUGCUACAAAACCAUCUCCUUCAUUAUAAUUAAAUUUAUUAAAAUUUGUACCAUGUCAAGGCCAAGCGAGCAAGUUAUCUGUACCUCUCAAACAACUUUCUUUUAAACUUUCAGAGGUGAAUAAGUUUUGACAGCUCAACGUGACCUCAGUUUGCUGUAACUCAUGUUGUUAUUUUUUGAUGAUGAAUACUCUGAGUCCUUUGUUACCUGUAAUUCUCAAGGACUUGACUGUGUAUUUAUAAGAUACCGAGAGAGCCUUACCAUAAAGUUAUGUUACAAGCAAUCACGGGGACACUGAUGUAAAGCAAAAGGCCUGAAAAAGCACCGCCGGGUUUUACUGAUCUAAAUAAAGUCAGCUAGGUGGAGUA